AUGUUGACGGACGGUAUUGAAAAGAAUGGUGUACCAUCUUACAAGUCAAAAUCGCAGGACAUAAAUGCAGGCCUGCAAUUGGCAAUACAUAAUGUUAACCAUUUGAUAAAUAAGAUGAAGGUUCCACAACCUAUAAGCCCUGUAGAGGAUAAUAAUGAAUUUGAAGCAGACAACGAUAAUAAUAUCGUCUUUACUAAUGGCAAAUACAUUCAAGAUCUAACAACUUUGAGUACACCAACAACACCUUUAGAUUCCAACAUUCAAGGACUUACUAAUCAAGUUCAAGUUCUUACCAAAGCCGUGGAUACUUUAUCAUCGGGACUCUCUGACUCAUUAAGACAAGUGAGGGAAUUGAAAUAUAAGUCAAUGUUACAAACUUUAAAUUUUGAUAGUGAUAGGAGGAAAGCUAAGGUAGAGAUUAGUUUAUUGAAACAGGAAUAUGAGCAAACUAAAUAUAUGAAUUUUAAUGCUAUUGAAGAGUAUAAAUGUCAUUUAUCGAGAAAGGAGGCAAAAAUACAGAAGUAUAAAAAGAAGUUAGUACAGAAAAACAUAGAAAUUAAUAAGUUACGAAAAUUACUAUCGCAGGGGAAGAUAAUUAGUGUAUCACAACAAGAUAAGGUUACCGGUUUUGGAACAAGAAGUCUUACUGAGACAAACAUGCUAGGUGCCUUAGGAUUAUUGGCGUCACAUGUCCUGGAACAUGAGCUUGAUGCAACGGGCAAUGAAACUGUAAUAGAACAAGAUGAUGACGGUUUGGAAGAAAGUAAAAGACAUAUGAGAGGACCAGAGUAG